AUGAACCAGCUUCGGAUGGUGUCUGUGGUCGUCAGUCGUGGUUUCAGUCGAACUCCUCAGAGUCUGAAGAACAGAGUUCCAGAAGCUCAGAGACGAUUCCAGGAGGAUAAUAAUCUUCCAGUUCAUAUCAAAGGAGGAACAGGAGACAUUCUUUUGUACCGAGCCACAAUGUCCCUCACACUGGCAGGUGCUGCAUACUCAGUGUACUGGCUCCUCCGAGCCGCCCUCCCUGAGUAA